AGAUGAUGCCCACAGAAAGCACACCCACCACUACCAGCAGGCCGAUAAUGUGACGCUGGAAGGACAAAUAAUGUACUGCGUCCUCGCCACACUUCUCCCUAAUCUCAUCGUCCCUACAGGAAAAUUACAUUAUUGAAGUUGACUCACUUGAUGCGGAAUAUAGCAGUGAGCCAAGAGCAGAAUCCCUGUAAGAGAAGAGUAGUCAUGUGAAUGAAACAUCACCAAACAUACCGGAGUUACUGACACCAAGGACCACAUGAGUAGCCCAUGGGCCUGUUUUCAAAAUAGCUCAUCAGUGAUGGGACAUUGUGAUUUCAUUGGAAUAUUGCAAGAAGUAAACAUCAGAUAACUUCACUACUUUCAGCUAUGGCUUUGCACCUGUUUGCAAGAUAUGUCACCGGGCUCCUCGCUGAUACAUCGUCCGUGAUUCCUCAGAGGACAUUCGGUGUGACUGCUGCCACAGCGGCCAUUCAGAAAAUGACGCGAGUUCGAGUGGUGGAUAACAGCUCUCUCGGGAAUACACCUUACCACCGGCCUCCCAGAGUGAUCCAUGUGUACACUAAGAACGGCAUUGGAAAAGUCGGUGACAAAGUGCUGCUGGCCAUAAAAGGACAGAAGAAAGCUGCCCUAAUUGUUGGUCACAAAAUGCCCGGACAACCCAUGAAUCCACGCUUUGAUUCAAAUAAUGUCGUUCUCAUUGAGGAAAAUGGUAACCCAACAGGAACAAGGAUUAAGGUUCCUAUACCCACACAUUUACGUAAAAGAAUGGAAGGGGACUACUCAAAGGUGCUUGCAAUUGCUAGUUCUUUUGUAUGAUUGGACUCCUCACGACCCAGUCUUUUUGUCAAUUACAUUACUAUAUGUAAUGGGGUCAAGUUUCUGUUGACAGUCAUCUCUUUGCUUACAAUAAAUACAACCUUUACCUUAAA